UCUGAGACCAAGCCGGCUUGCUGUAGCGCAAGUUAUAAUCCUCUCAUGGGAACCGGUAGCGGGUCCUUGUCUUAAACUUAUGCCGAAACACCCUUUCAGAAGUUUUCCCACGCCAUGGAUUCGGAUGCUGUCGUUCCAAUGUUGAGGUACCUGUCGCAGCAGCCCUUGUAUCUACUCAUUAUCCUCGCCUUUGGCUCCUACCUCGUCGCAAACAGGCUUCGCCAGUACUGGCGCCUGAGGCAGUUCAAAGGACCCUUCAGCACCGGCGUCUCCUGGGUGUGGCAUUCACGUGCUGUCAUCAGCGGCAGUGCGCACAAGUGGUACGGAGAUGUCACUGAGAAAUAUGGUUCUAUCGCUCGGGUAGCGCCAAACCACCUCAUCACGUCGUCGCCAGAGCUAUGGGCGCAUAUUAAUGCUGUGAGGUCGCCAUACAAGCGAGCCGAAUGGUACUAUCACUGCGCACGCUUUGAGCCCGGAAAAGACAAUGUCUUCACUGAGUGCGACAACGAGAAGCACGAAGCUCGCAGGAAAAAGAUGGUCGCUGGAGUAAGUCCUAAUUGCCCCAACCUAUAUUUAUACGUAACCCAACACCAACAGUAUUCCGGCAAAGAAAAUCCAUCCCUGGAGUCGUCCAUUGAUACCCAUGUUGAGGAGUUGGUGCACCUUAUUCGAUCUAAGUAUGCCGCUCCGACUGCCUCAACUAGCGCAACCACACCAAUGGACUUGGCCACGAAGAUGCAGUACUUCACUCUCGACGUGAUUAGUCAUGUUGGGCUGGGAAACGCUUUUGGUGACCUUAAAGCGGAUGAAGACAUCAACGGCUACAUUGCCUCGUCCGAAGAAGGACUUAUGAUCGGAAACACGUCAUGGGGCCUAGGCAUUUCUUGGAUUCGGGAUGUCCCAAUUCUCGGCAAGGCCAUCAGCCCCUCUGAAAAGGAUGCUAAGGGUUUUGGGAAGAUGAUGUCAACAGCUCGCAAGUGCAUAUCAGAGCGAAUGAUGAAGUCAACUUCCGAACGCUCUGACAUGUUGUCAUCUUUUAUCCGCCAUGGCUUGACAGGUGAUGACUUGUUCCAGGAAACCUUUGAACAAAUCCUUGCUGGAUCAGAUACCACUGCCGCAUCUCUCCGGAUUAUCAUGCUCUACAUCAUGAGCCAUCCGCGUGUCUACGCAAAGUUGCAGGCGGAGGUUGACGGAGCAGUCAAAGCCGGCAUCGCACCAGCCACACCCAAGAUCAUCUCGGAUGCGGAGGCUCAGCGUCUGCCUUAUCUAGGUGCGGUUGUGCGCGAAGCCUUGCGCGUGCACCCACCUGUAGUCAAUUUGUUUUCUCGCGUCGUUCCCAAGGGGGGAGAUACAGUGACGGUGGAUGGUGAAGAAGUCUUCCUACCUGGCGGCACUAUGAUUGGCUAUUCUGCCUGGAGCAUGCACCGAAACAACAAAGGCCUAUAUGGGGAAGAUGCUCAAAUCUUCCGUCCUGAAAGAUGGUUGGUAGACCAGAACAUCCCCUCCGAGAGAGAUCGCCUAGCCCACAUGUGUAAGACAAACGAUAUGAUCUUUGGAUACGGGAGGUGGGUCUGCUUGGGCAAGGUGGUCGCUAUGAUCGAGAUCCACAAAGCUAUCUUCGAGCUUUUCAGGAACUUCGAUUUCGCCCUUGCGAAUCCUCAUGAGCCGUGGACUAUUUUCAAUACUCUGGGUCUAUAUGCUAUUGGGAAUAUGUGGGUCGAGGUCACAGAACGAGCUUAGAUAUUGAACGGCAACGGCCAUCCUCUUCACAGC